AUGGACAGGAGUUGGAUGUCUAUUAAGAACUACCUAGACCCCAAGUAUUUAGAUGGAGUUGAUGAAUUUAUUAAGUUUGCUUUUCUAGGCAAGGAUCCUAAUUGUAAACUGCCAUGUCCUUGCAAAGUAUGCAAUAAUUUUGAGGAUCAAACUAAGGAAGUCAUGGCCAAUCACUUGUGUCGAGGAAUUGUUGAUAGUUAUACUAGGUGGAUAUAUCAUGGUGAAGGGUUUGAAUCUGAUGAUGAGAAUGAUGACAUAGAAAUAAAUGACAACGAUAGUGACUUUGACAGUAUGGAGGAGCUGUUAAAUGAUGUAGGAGUUGCUAACUUUGGUGAGAGUUGGAGACAUUCACCGGAACUUGAUACGGGUGCUUGUACCGAGAAAGAAGGAGAAGCAAGUAGGUUUCUCAGAUUAUUAUCGGAGGCUGAAAAAUCUCUAUACCCGGGCUGUGAAAAGUAUUCAAAACUCUCGUUUAUUGUCCAUAUCCUCCACUUGAAAACAAUGAAUCGGUGGACUUGUAAAUCUACUGAUAUGUUGCUGAAGUUCUUGCAUCAAGUAUUUCCUACAGCUUUGAUUCCCAGUUCAUAUUACGAGGCAAAAAAUUUCAUCCGUGAGUUGGGGCUGAAGUGUGAAAAGAUCCACGCCUGUGAAAAUGAUUGCGCACUCUUUUGGAAUGAAAAUAAAGGCCUUGAUCAUUGUCCAAAUGAAAAAUGUAAAGCACCGCGGUAUAAAUCUCCAAAUUCCAAAAUACCUAGAAAGGUGUUGUGUUAUUUUCCAUUAAAACCAAGGCUGCAAAGACUGUUUGUGAACAAAGAGAUUGCUCGGGAUAUGAGGUGGCAUAAGGAGAGACGUGUAGAUAAUGAGAACAUGAUGCGACACCCUGCUGAUUCAUUAGCUUGGAAGGAUUUUGAUAGAAAUCACAAGUCCUUCGCUGAAGAUCCUAGAAAUGUGAGGCUAGGACUUGCUAGUGAUGGCUUUAAUCCCUUUGGAACCAUGAGCAAUUCAUACAGUAUAUGGCCUGUUAUCCUUGUUCCUUACAAUCUACCUCCUUGGAAAUGCUUAAAAGAUCCAUUUUUUUUCCUAUCAAUGAUUAUUCCUGGUCCCAAAACACCUGGAAAUGACAUUGACAUAUUCUUUAGACCACUAGUUGAUGAGUUAAAAGAGUUAUUUGCCACUGGUGUGGAGACAUAUGAUGCCUUCAGGGAGGAGAAGUUCAUGUUACGUGCAGCACUUUUGUGGACAAUAAACGAUUUUCCAGCAUAUGGCUAUUUGUCGGGAUGGAGUACAAAAGGGUACAAGGCAUGUCCUGUGUGCUUAGAUGAGACGACUAGUCUAUAUCUUAAUAAUGGUCACAAAUGUUGUUACAUGGGCCAUCGCCGUUUUCUACCUAUUGAUCAUAAAUGGCGUCGAGAAAAAAAACAAUUUAAUGGAGAAAGAGAACAUAGACAGCCUCCUAGGACCCUAUCAGGUGAGGAAGUCCUCCAACAACUUCUUCGUAUUGAGCAAGUUGAGUUUGGCAAGGCACCUGAUUUGCUGCAACAGAAGAAAAGAAAACGCGUGCAGAACAGUUCAAAUUGGAAGAAGAUGAGCAUAUUCUUUGAACUUCCAUAUUGGAGUACCAAUAAAAUUAGACAUAAUUUGGAUAUUAUGCACAUUGUCAAGAAUGUAUGUGAAUCUUUGGUAGGUACAUUAAUGAAUAUCCCUUCGAGAACUAAGGACACAUGGCAGGCUAGGGAGGAUUUAAAAGAAAUGGGAUUAAGGGAAGAGUUGCAUCUACAACCGGGAGGUGGCGCAUCUAAAGUUAUGCCACCUGCAUGUUACACUUUAUCACGCCUAGAGAAAAAGAAUUUCUGCCAGUUUUUGAGCACUAUCAAGUUCCCGGAUGGCUUUGCUUCAAACAUUCCUCGGUGUGUGAAGACCAAGGAGUGUCAACUUUUAGGAAUGAAGAGUCAUGACUACUAUGUGUUCAUACAACGAAUUCUUCCAGUAGCAACUAGAGGAAUGCUGUCAAAAGAUGUAUCUCAGAUUUUAGUAGAGAUCAGCAAUUUUUUUCGAAAAAUUUGUUCUCGAACUCUCUAUCUAGAUGAGCUGGAAAUGCAGGAAAAAAAUAUUAUUUUAAUACUAUGCAAACUUGAGAAAAUUUUUCCUCCAAAUUUCUUUGAUGUAAUGGUCCAUUUAAUGGUCCAUUUACCCACUAAAUCCAAGAUUGCUGGACCAGCUCAAUACCGGUGGAUGUUUCCAUUUGAGAGGUACAUGCCUCUUAUUUUUAAUAAUGCCUAUUUGAUUUACCUCCAAUUUUCUUAUUUUCUAACAACUCGGGCUGAAUUUUUUUUGGAUAGAAAAAUGGGUCAAUACAAAGGCUAUGUGAAUAAUAGGGCACGACCUGAAGGCUGUAUAGCUGAGCGCUACUUGGAUGAUGAAUGUCUUACAUUCAUUUCCAGGUAUUUGCAUGAUGUUCCGACCAGGUUUAAUCAAACGGAACGAAAUAUGGAGAAACACGAAGCUGCUGGAAAAUUAUCUAUAUUUUCUAGCUUGGCUCGGCCCUUUGGGGCAGCACUGAUUGGUUAUCUAAGUGAGGUUGAAUUGCAAAGAAUACACCUGUUCAUCUUGAAAAAUUGUGAAGAAGUAGAUGAUUACAUGAGGUAA